AUGCCAAACAAGCGUAAGCGAGAUGUUCCCGCCGUACCGGACAUCACCGAGGACCCGGCGGAGCGAAAACGAGUCCUGGGCGUGCUAGCUCAAAGAAGAUACCGCGAGAGAAAGAGACAGCAAUGGCAGACUCUGCAGGGUCGAGCGGAGAAUCGCUCUGGAUCAGAGGACGGGCAAACCCAAGUCGGGGACGCUUCGCUGCCUUUGAAAGCAGGUGUUGAAACCAGAACCACCUUAGACUCGACAGGAGACAGUGUCUCACAGAGUGUCUCACAGACAAUGGAGGAUAUCUCAUUUAACACCGAUGGCCCUUGGGCUGUCCCCUCCCAAAUUAUGCCCGAACUCAGCGAUCAAAGCAUGGACCUUAUUCCAGAUGCACUUUCUCCAAGCCAAUUCCUCUCAUUCCCGCAAUCUCCACUAUUGCCUGUAGUUCCUGCUCAGGACAUGACCACAAUGCCGGUGUCUGCGGCAGAGAAUCGAUUCUCCUAUUUUUCACCAACAGCUUUCUUCCCGGCUCUGCUACCCUCAUUUGCGUCCACUCAGAGCGCCAACAUCCCUGGAGGUGAUUGCAGUCUCUCGGACAGGCUGCAGACAUACCAGUCUGCGACCUUCUCCUUCCCAGAUGAUCAUCUGCUGGACAUCCCCUCUCUCACACUUCUCAAUGCCGCAAUGAAGGUAGCUCAGCGGUUGAAUAUUGCCGGCAUACUGUGGGACCUCACGGCCACGAGCCCAUUCUACCAAGGACCCGAGAGCCAGGCGAUCUCCUCGCCACCGUCUCUCUCAUCUGGCGCCUCAUCGCCAUCCUCAACACAAUUCAGCCUCAACGGAGCCGACGAUGCCAUUGAGCUUCCCCGUCAUCUUCAACCGACCAUCUCUCAGCGGCUCAUCCCUCAUCAUCCCAUCCUGGAUCUCCUUCCCUGGCCGAGUACCCGGGAUAAACUCAUCCAGGUGUUCCAUCUACCGCCGGAGAUGCGUCCAAAGUCUGCGCAGGAUCCCAUUGGUCUUCUUCGGUUCGUUUAUGAUAUGGAAGACGUUAGUGGAGAGGGAAUCAAAGUGCGGGGAGGAGAUCCAUUCGCACCUCAGGCAUGGGAGGUUGGACAGGUGGUUUUCGAGCGGUGGUGGUGGGCUUUUGACGGGCAGAUUGUAGAGCGCAGUAAUUGGGUCUCAAGUAAGGUUUUCCUCUUCGGUCUUUUGCCCCUGAAUCUCAUCAAAUAUUUAUCAUACCUUCUUUUGCCCUUCUUUUGCAUCCCUUUGACCAAGUCUGUCUUUACCUCAUCAAAGAUAAUGCUUGCAUCUCAACUUCUCCUCAGCCUGGCUGCUGCCGGCCUGGUCUCAGCCCAGAACACCGUCACCUCCAUGUUGAUCUACGGCGCAGACCCACAGCCUCUUGUCGCUUCCAUCGUCGGUAGUGAUGCCACCGCAACAACAUACAGCAUCAAUUGCCCCCCAGGCACAGAUAGCUCCGACUGCGGCAUGGGCCCCGGCCUGACCGUUGUCGCCGGCCCCACGACCACCGUGCUGAAGAUGGAUGAGCCGGAGGAGGAUUUGUGCUCUGUUGGCGGGACCACCACCGCCGCGUGUACCGAGACGGCCAGCGGCACGGGGGCGAAUUUCCCUGAUGUCAGUUCCUCGACCUUUUCCAACGAUCUGCCUCUCAUGGCGGUGACUAUUACGGCUGGGGCUGCAGGUGCGAGUGCGACGCCUGCCACUGCUAGUGCUGCCGCUACUACGGCUGCGACUACCUCUGCCUCUGGAAAGUCUACUGCGUCGAAGGAUUCGAGCAAGACUUCCUCCUCCGGCUCGUCGGCUGUGAGUACCGGUGGAAUGCCGCGGGUGACUGGUGGUGCUGGUGGGCUUCUUGGUGCUGCUGCGGUGGCUUUAGGUGUGUUUGCUCUGUGA